GUAUUAUUUAUUUAUUUCCGUAUAAAGGUUAUCUAUGGUAUUAUUUAAGUCAUGUAUGGAAGGGUUAUUACACGUGUUACUAAGUAAUUUUUUUAGAUAAGAUAAACUGCAAUUUCUUUGUAUCAAAGUUUUUAUAGUUAUCCUAAUAGAUUCUGUAAAUACAUCCGCUGUAGCUUUUCCAUUGCAAGGACAAGCUUUUAAGUAAAAAUAAUUGAUAAAUGGAGAAUGUUUAGUUACAUCCAGUAAUACAGAAUUAUUUGUUAAAAUUUAGACAAUUAUUUAUUUUAAAAUGAAUAAUUUCGAACAAAAACUCAAGGAAUUUUCCAAAGAAUUAUAUUAUAUCAACGCGAUAAAAUUUGGAGAAUAUAAGACUAAGAUAGGUCUAAUGACGCCAGUAUAUUGUGAUUUGAGGGUGAUAGUGAGCUACCCAAAAUUAAUGAUAACAUUAUCUGAACUAUUAAUUGAAAAAAUACGAUAUAUAAAAGAUGUCGAUUUACUAUGUGGUGUCCCGUAUACUGCGUUACCAAUUUCAACUGCAGUUUCGAUAAAAACUGAUAUUCCUAUGGUGAUGCGUCGUAAAGAAGCAAAAGAUUAUGGUACAAAAAAACUGAUUGAGGGCAUUUUUCAACCCGGACAAAAGUGCCUUAUUAUUGAAGAUGUAGUAACUUCUGGAAGCUCAAUUUUAGAAACUGUUAAGGAUUUAAAAGGUUCAGGAUUAAUUUGUACAGAUGCAGUGGUUUUAUUGAAUAGGGAACAAGGUGGAGAAGAAAUUUUGAAAAAUAACGGUAUAAAUAUGCAUGCUUUAUUAAAGAUGACUCAACUUAUGGAUAUUUUAAAAGAAGCUGGAUGCAUAGACGAUAAUAUGGUAUUAAAAGUUGAAAAAUAUUUGGCCACAACCAAAGUAGAUAAAACCGAAACAGACAAAAUUACAGAAAACCGUUUACAUUUGACAUUCGAAUCUCGUGCUUUGAAAGCUAAAAAUAAAAUAGCACAAAAAUUAUUCCAAAUAAUGCAACAAAAACGAACUACAUUGUGUGUAGCUGCCGAUGUGUUGUCAACCACUGAGUUACUCAACCUAGCGGAACAGGUGGGGCCAAAUAUUUGUGCUCUCAAAACCCAUAUAGAUAUACUACAAGAUUUCCAUCAGAAUUUAAUUGGUCCCUUACAAGAAAUUUCUCAAAGACACAAUUUUAUUUUGUUUGAAGACAGAAAAUUUGCCGAUAUUGGAAAAACUGUUGAAUACCAAUAUAGUAAAGGGAUUUACCAAAUUUCAUGUUGGGCUCCUCUGGUUACUGUUCAUUCACUGAUGGGUAGAGGGGCCCUAGAUGCCAUAAAGGGAAGUAAAGGACUUGUUGAUAGAGGGGUUUUUUUGUUAGCUGAAGCAAGUGCAGAUGGAAAUUUAAUUAACGAAAAUUAUAUUGCAACAACAUUGAAGAUCGCAGAAGAAUAUUCCGAAUUAGUUGCAGGUAUAGUUUGCCAAAAUCCCCUAUUUUUGCACAACCCUGGAUUCAUUCAGCUUUGUCCUGGAGUUCAAAUAGAUAAUAGAGUAGAUGAUUUGGGUCAAAAGUACAACUCUCCUGAUACUGUGGUAUUAGAAAAAGGUGCGGAUAUAGCCGUAGUUGGAAGAGGUAUUACAAAAGCUUCUGAUCCCGUUACUGCAUCCGAACUAUACAGAAAACUAUUAUGGGAAGCUUAUGAAAAAAGGCUUGCACGACAUAAUUGAGAACGGUAAAGGGGUAUGAUGUGUUAAUAUUCGUGAAUCCUUUAAAUUGUAAAAAGAAUUAAGAACAUUAAUCGAAAUGUACCAACGAAAAAAAACGAAAUUAUGUAAUUUUUUUAAUAUUAAUUAUAAAAUUUAAAUGUUCAA